AUGGCUGCUGUGGCUGGGGCACGCAUAGGAGACCUACUGUCACUACUAAAAUCAGUAGCGGGUAACGAGCUGACUGAUUUGUCCGAAAAUUUUGUCAAUGCACAUCAAUGGAUUGCCAGCCUCACCAACACUGUGGAGGUCAUGAAAGCCAGUAUCGUUGUUGCUCAGAAGAGGAUGGUUGGUAUAGAUAACUUCCAGUUUCAGGAGAAAGGCCCGAUGGACCUCUGGCUGGACAAGAUGAAAUCAUGCUUGGAGGAUAUUGAUGACGUCCUGGAUGAGUGGGCAACGCAUAUUGCAGUCUUUGCCAAAAUGGAUCGACGAACUUGUUUGGGAGGCUGCUACUGUCAAUUGGUCUCUAUCUGCAUCAAAGAGAGAGACCGUAUGAAAGCUUCCAAGUGGCUGUACCAUUUGUGUCGCUUAUUUUUUCCAUGUUGCAGUAAGAGUGACAUGUUGAAGCGGCUAUCUCUAGGUCAGAGGGUGAAGGAUUUGACGGCUGAACUUGAGGCCAUCAACAAAGAACGACAACUAAACAAAGUUCAGAUUGCAUGUGACCCGCUGGACCACUUUAGGCAAUUGACGAGGCAGAUGGACGGCAGUCAAAUGAAUUUUGCUAGGGUCAAAGGCAGAGGAGAGGAAAAAGAAGCUGUUGUGAACAUGUUAUUGAAUGAGGCAUCCCCUGAUGAUAAUGUUGAAGUGAUCUCCCUCUUGGGGUUGGGCGGCAUUGGCAAGACGACAAUAGCGAGAAUGGCCUUUGCCGAUCCACGAGUGGUUGAUCGUUUCAAAGAGGAGAGAUUCUGGAUUUACCUAUCUUACUCCUGUGAUAACGAUCUCAGUAAACGAGUCAUGGAGUACAUUAACGGUUCAGAAGUACAGUACAGAUCCGUUGACAUGAAUGAUUCUCUUGGUCAGAUUUCAAAAAAGAUUCAAGGUCGAAGGUUUCUUUUUGUCUUCGAUAACGUGUGGGAAGGGGAUGGAAAUGACUGGACACAGCUGCUGGGCGCCUUAAGAUUUGGCCUUCCCGAAAGCAAAAUAUUGGUCACUUCAAGGAAUUGGACAACCGGCCAUUUGGGGGCUGAUUCCUGCAAGAUUUUUCCAGUACCGGAGCUGCCUUUGGAAGACUGUUGGCAAUUUUUCGUGAUGCUACUCUACCAAAAUGGAGUCGUGCUGAUCAUCAACAGGAGGGUUUUAUCAGAGAUAGAGUAUUGGGAUUGUGCAAUGGAGUUGAUCGACCUUUGGAUGGCUCAAGGUCUACUGCAGGAGUCAGGCCAAUUAAAAGACAGUGUGGAAUUUGAUCCUGAUGAUCAUUUCCGUUUGUUAGCUUCUCAAUCCAUCUUCAAAGAUGUGGAAGAGAGUGAAGAUCUGUUUGGAAGGAAACUUACUUUCAAGAUACAUAAGUUGAUUCAUCAAUUUGCAAGCUUCAUUGGUAAGGAAGAAUCAGUCUGUGAAAUUGUUAAGAAUCCCGGUCCUGAAUUCCCAGACGUUUCCCAUAGGGAAGAGUUGCGUAGCUUGGUGGUUCAAGUGAUCGAUCCCUCACCUGGUGACCUCCUCAACCCAGCCACUUUGUCCAAAUUGCUCACGCACUUGAUACGCCUCCGGAAUAGAAACUUGACCGAGUUGCCGGAAGAGAUCUGCAGCUUGUACCACCUAGAAACACUAAGUGUCGACUGGUGUACCGAGCUGGUCAAUCUGCCUGAGCGUAUGUGCCAACUAGUGAACCUCACGAACUUCUACAACUAUAUGACGAGAGCGUAUCUUCCUCGAGGAGUCAAGCAGUUGAGCAAGCUUAGGAGAUUGUCGAUGUUUACUGUGGGAGAUGAUGGGCAAGAAGGGAUGACAAGCCUUGAUGACUUGAAGGGAGAUCGAGUAGUGGAUGAUGCUAUGGUGUCACGUGACGAGGAGUUGUUGAGCUACUUGAAUCCUUACCAGGAGCUCGAAGGGUUGCGUGUCAUUGGCUAUUAUGGGACCAUAACGCCCUCAUGGUUCGAUCUCCUUGGUUCUUUAAGAAGUAUAAUCUUUUCUGAUAGUCCACUGUGGGUGGAGUUGCCCGUGCUUGGCCAUUUGCAGCAUUUGGAACUUGUAGAGUUCAGAGGGAUGAAGGAUGUGACAGUUUUGGAUAUGAGUUUUUUGGGAACGACAGUGGCGAUAGAUGGUGCGUUUCCAGCAUUGAAAAAGCUGGUGUUUGUCGCCAUGCAGGCUUGGGUGAGGUGGACUGAGGAUGUACUAGAUGUUGUUGUUGCUGAUAGGGUCCUGCCUUGUCUCAAGGAACUAGAAAUUGCCGCGUGCAACAACCUGCUGAGGAUUCCAGAAAGAAUUAGACAGAAGAUUCAGCAGGGAAUGAUUCUUGCAAGUUUGGUGGACAGCAAGGGCACAACAAGAGAAAAUGCCCGCAACCUCCUAGACAACAACAAGAUGUUGGGGCUUCUAGAAGUGGACGAGGUCAGCCAGUACGAGGUAGAAGAGGGGGUUGUGGUCAAGGUGGACGAGGAGAACGAGGUGGAGAGACUACUAUGAUUAUUGAACAUUUGAACAGGCUGAAGUUGGUGGAUAUCAACCUACUGCAAUCCAACCAUCAAAUAUGUAGUAGUUGGUGGUGUCUGAUGCUAAGUAGGAGUAGACAUAGUAGUACUUGCCUUAAUGUAGUAGUUGUAGUAGUUGACGGAUGAUAGUGAAGAACAAGAAGCUGCAUUUCUCUUUUGACAACACCCUUAUUGGCUGCAUUUCUCUUUUGAUAGCAUCUCUGUUUGCUGCAAUUCUAUUGCAGCAUCCUUGUUGGUUGUAUAAUCAGGAGGAUGAUGAUUAUUUUGGUAAUAUCAGGUUUAUUGUUAUGUUGGU